GUUCAGUUUCUCAGGUGCCGUGGUGAGCGUUGGACGUAUAUCGGUACGACUCGUCGUUUUUAGUAAUCGCUUGUGACCGGUGAUUGUGAGUGAGCUCAAGUACUCUUCUGUACACUACUGAGCCGCUGGUAUUAGUUUGGGUGUUGUGCCAAAUCAUUCCACCACCGUAUUAUCAACACAAUUCGAUAUCCAGCCCAGAACGAUUCGCGGUCUGUUCUGAUAUCUCCCGAUAACCGACUUUGGGGGAAAAAAAGUGUCAGGGACCUCGCUGUCGGCACAGGAAUCCGGUUUCCAGAAUUAAUACUUCAACUUCACCUGUAGGGCGUGAGGCACAGUGUAUAUAGCUGUCUACGUGGUCGGGAAAGGCGGACGUGCAAAACGAUGGCUGGUACAAAUCCAUUCCAAAACCUCCAGAAGGAGCUCAACGUUAAUGGCGAAACCUUCCACUACUUCGACAUCGCAUCCUUUGAGGAGUUCAAGGAACUCCCCUACAGCAUCCGUGUUCUGCUAGAAUCCGCCGUCCGUAACUGCGACAACUUCCAGGUCCUCGAGAAGGAUGUCCGUGGCAUCUUGAGCUGGAAGGCGACCAAGAGUGUCAAAACCGACACCGAGCUGGAGAUCCCGUUCAAACCGGCGCGUGUCAUCCUGCAGGAUUUCACCGGUGUUCCGGCGGUGGUCGACUUUGCCGCUAUGCGUGAUGCCGUUCUCAAGCUCGGCGGCGAUCCGGACAAGAUCAACCCAAUUUGCCCGUCAGAUCUGGUGAUUGAUCACUCGGUGCAGGUAGACUUUGCUCGCGCGCCGGAUGCCCUGACCAAAAAUCAGGAUCUGGAAUUCGAGCGCAACAAGGAGAGAUUCACCUUCCUGAAGUGGGGCGCUAAGGCGUUCAACAACAUGUUGAUUAUCCCUCCCGGUUCCGGUAUUGUUCAUCAGGUGAACUUGGAAUAUUUGGCACGUGUUGUGUUCCAGGACGACAGCAAAUCGAAGGACAGCGUGAAGAUGCUGUACCCGGAUAGCGUUGUUGGUACUGAUUCGCAUACGACCAUGAUCAACGGAUUGGGAGUUGUUGGUUGGGGUGUCGGUGGUAUUGAAGCCGAGGCUGUCAUGUUAGGACAAGCUAUCUCUAUGUUGCUGCCCGAGGUUAUCGGAUAUAAGUUAGUUGGCAAGCUGAAUCCCCUGGUUACUUCAACGGAUUUGGUGUUGACCAUCACCAAGCAUUUGCGACAGAUCGGAGUUGUCGGCAAGUUUGUCGAAUUCUUUGGCCCUGGUGUCAGCGAGUUGUCGAUUGCUGAUCGUGCAACGAUUAGCAACAUGUGUCCCGAAUAUGGAGCAACGGUUGGCUACUUCCCGAUCGACCAGAAUGCCCUGGAUUACCUUCGGCAGACAAAUCGUGCCGAUGAUAAGGUUCAGGUAAUUGAGGCUUAUCUCAAGGCAACUAAUCAGCUGCGUAACUUCAGCGAUGCUUCACAAGAUCCAGUGUUCACCCAGAUCGUGGAACUGGACUUGAGUUCAGUAGUGACCUCAGUCUCAGGACCGAAGCGUCCGCAUGAUCGCGUCAGCGUCAGUGAGAUGCAAAAAGACUUCCGCGAAUGUCUGAUCAACAAGGUGGGCUUCAAGGGAUUCGCAGUCCCUGAAGCAGAGCUGUCGACUGAAGGAUCGUUCAGCUGGAACGAUGGAAAAACAUAUUCGCUCCGUCAUGGUUCGGUUGUCAUUGCAGCUAUUACGUCGUGUACAAACACUAGUAAUCCUUCGGUAAUGUUGGGAGCUGGUUUACUGGCCAAAAAAGCUGUAGCUCUAGGACUGAAGGUUGCUCCAUACAUCAAGACAUCUCUUUCUCCCGGAAGCGGUGUAGUCACGUACUAUUUGAAAGAAUCCGGAGUCGUUCCAGCUUUGGAAGAACUUGGUUUCCACGUGGUCGGUUACGGUUGUAUGACUUGCAUCGGAAACUCCGGUCCACUGGAUGACAAUAUCGCUAACACCAUCGAAAAGAACAACUUGGUCUGCUGCGGUGUUCUAUCCGGAAACCGGAACUUUGAAGGACGCAUCCAUCCGAACACUCGUGCCAACUAUCUUGCCAGCCCAUUGCUCGUAAUCGCCUAUGCCUUGGCCGGAACCGUCGAUAUUGAUUUUGAAAAGGAACCGAUUGGAACAAGUCCCGACGGAACUAAGGUAUUCCUUCGCGAUAUCUGGCCAACUCGCCAGGAGAUCCAAGCCGUUGAGAAGCAGCAUGUUAUUCCGGCCAUGUUCCGUGAUGUGUACGCGAAGGUAGAGAUGGGAUCACCAUCUUGGCAGGACUUGAACGCACCAACGGGUAAACUCUACCCUUGGGACGAUGUUUCCACUUACAUUAAGCAUCCCCCGUUCUUCGAGGGAAUGACCCGCGAUCUACCCAAACUGGGUAACAUCGUUAACGCCCGCGCUCUGCUCAACUUGGGCGAUUCGGUGACGACUGAUCACAUCUCUCCGGCAGGCUCGAUAGCUCGCAAUAGCCCGGCUGCUAGAUAUCUGUCUUCGCGAGGAUUGACUCCUCGUGAGUUCAACUCGUAUGGCUCUCGGCGUGGAAAUGAUGCUGUGAUGGCUCGUGGUACAUUCGCCAAUAUUCGUCUGGUCAACAAGCUAGUUUCCGGCCCUGGACCACGAACCCUGCACAUUCCUAGUGGAGAAGAAAUGGACGUGUUUGAUUGCGCUGAGCGUUAUGUCAAGGAGGGAACUCCACUGAUCGCGAUCGUUGGUAAGGAUUAUGGAAGCGGUUCGAGUCGCGAUUGGGCCGCCAAGGGACCAUACCUGCUUGGAAUUAAGGCCGUCAUUGCUGAAUCCUAUGAGCGUAUCCACCGUUCGAACCUCGUUGGAAUGGGAAUCGUUCCGCUUCAGUAUCUGGAUGGACAGAAUGCCGAUAGCGUUGGAUUGACCGGCAAGGAACUGUUCAGCAUCGCUUUCCCGGAGAAUUUGAAGCCACACGAUAAGAUUACUGUGGAGACCGAUACCGGCGUUAAGUUCCAGGUGAUUGUACGGUUCGAUACCGAGGUGGACCUCGAGUACUACCGUAAUGGAGGAAUUUUGAAUUACAUGAUUAGGAAAAUGAUUUCCUAAAGAUAGGGGGUUCGCUUUAGGUUGUAGAUAACGUGUAACGUUAUGAUAUUCCUUAUUAAAGUUUUCUGUUAAGAAAAAGCCUUUCGUUCAAGUGGGAUUAUUGAUUUACAUAUUUUUAAAGUGUCUGAAUAAAGUAGAACUUUC